UGGGCUCUCGGCGACUGGCGGCUCACAGGCUGGCUUCAGGGGUGGUGGGAACGACCACCUCCCUCUUCCCCUGCCAUUGCUCAGUGUGUGAACCCUCUCGCUGCUGCUUAUUCUUGUGCUGCUCUUAACAAUAGAAAUUCUUGGAACAAUUUUUCUAGAAAACUACCUUCUAUUCUCCCGAGGGGUGGCUAUGUUUGAAGAAUGAGAAAAUUAUAAAAGAUUGGAGCUUGGAAGAAAACUAGUUUGCAGCAGGUUUCCAAGACUGGACCCUCUGAUAGAGGUGUGGAGGAAAAAUGAGCUUGCAUCGCAAUCAGCAAGUAGACUCGGACCGUGACUUGCAGUCCUCUGCAUCCUCAGUCAGUUUACCCUCAGUUAAAAAGGCACCAAAGAAACGUCGCCUGUCACUUGGAUCUCUAUUUCGAAGAAAAAGAGAGUCGAAGCAAAAGUCCAGGGACUUAAAUGGGGGAGUUGAUGGAAUUGCAAGUAUUGAAAGUUUUCAUUCCGAAAUCUGUCAUGACAAGAACUCAAUAUUGUCAACCAGUGGCUUGUCUGAAAGUGGGACUAUGUCCACUGACAAACAAAGUGGAGACUUUCUUGAAUGCCCUCUGUGCCUUUUGCGUCAACCUAAGGAUAAAUUCCCGGACAUUAUGACAUGCCACCACAGGUCAUGUGGAGAUUGCUUGCGGCAGUACUUGCGAAUUGAGAUCUCGGAAAGUAGGGUUAAUAUCAGCUGCCCAGAGUGUACUGAGAAAUUCAAUCCCCAUGAUAUACAGUUGAUUUUAAACGAUGAUUUGCUGAUGGAAAAAUAUGAGGAGUUUAUGCUACGCCGUUGGUUGGUGGCAGAUCCAGACUGCAGAUGGUGUCCUGCUCCUGAUUGUGGUUAUGCAGUGAUAGCAUUUGGCUGUGCCAGCUGUCCAAAACUGACUUGUGCCCGAGAAGGAUGUGGUACUGAGUUCUGUUACCACUGUAAGCAAAUCUGGCACCCGAAUCAGACUUGCGAUGCCGCACGACAGCAGAGAGCACAGAGCUUACGACUGAGAGCGAUGCGUUCAUCAUCAAUCAGCUAUAGUCAGGAAUCUGGAGCAACGGCUACAGAAAACUGGACACUACGUAGAUAUGUUCAGGAUGAGAUUACAGGAAGAAAGGGGUUACCUGAAAUAAACAGUCUGCUGGUCAAUCAAAUUCUACCAUCUCGUUCAACAGCGGAUGAUAUUAAGCCUUGUCCACGAUGUGCAGCAUACAUAAUAAAAAUGAAUGACGGAAGCUGUAAUCAUAUGACUUGUGCUGUAUGUGGUUGUGAAUUCUGCUGGCUAUGUAUGAAAGAAAUCUCUGAUCUGCACUAUUUAAGUCCUUCAGGCUGUACGUUUUGGGGAAAGAAGCCCUGGAGUCGUAAAAAGAAGAUCCUGUGGCAGCUUGGCACGUUAGUUGGUGCUCCAGUCGGAAUCGCACUCAUCGCAGGGAUUGCCAUUCCAGCCAUGAUCAUCGGGAUUCCCGUGUAUGUUGGCAGGAAGAUACAUAAUCGCUACGAGGGAAAGGACAUUUCAAAGCACAAAAGGAACUUGGCAAUCACUGGAGGUGUAACAUUGUCAGUCAUUGUUUCGCCUGUUGUUGCUGCAGUAACUGUUGGCAUUGGAGUACCCAUUAUGUUAGCAUAUGUUUAUGGAGUGGUCCCUAUUUCCCUCUGCCGUAGUGGUGGCUGUGGUGUUUCUGCCGGCACUGGAAAGGGUGUGCGGAUAGAGUUCGAUGAUGAGAAUGAUAAUGCGGGCAGAGGAAAUGCAGCAUUAGAUACGACGUUUGUGGUGGAAGCUCGGAACAACCCCAGUAUUGGAGAAGGAAGUGUCGGGGGUUUAACAGGCAGUUUGAGUGCCAGUGGCAGUCACAUGGACAGAAUCGGGGUAAUACGAGACAACCUGAGUGAAACAGCGAGCACAAUGGCAUUAGCUGGAGCGAGUAUCACUGGGAGUCUUUCUGGGAGCGCGAUGGUCAACUGUUUCAAUAGGUUAGAAGUGCAAGCAGAUAUCCAGAAGGAGCAAUAUAGUCUCAGUGGUGAGUCAGGCACGGUCAGUAUUGGGACAAUCAGUGACAAUGCCAGCACAAGGGCCAUGGCCGGAUCAAUUAUCAACUCCUACAACCCACAGGACAGGGAAGGGAACAGUCUGGAGGUGCAAGUUGACAUUGAGUCAAAGCCUGCAAAGUUGAGGCACAACAGUGGAAGCAGUGCUGUGGAUGACAGUGGUCGCAAUGUAGUCAUUUUAACUUCGGCCCCUCCUCUGGAUAAUCGAAGCAAUGCCUCCAAAUGGUCCAAAGAAACAACCACUAAAAAGUGCAAAGGAAAAUUACAGAAAAGAGGCAGUAUGAAGAUAAAUGAAACUCGUGAAGAGAUGGACGCACAGUUAUUAGAACAAAGAAGCACUAAUUCGAGCGAAUUUGAUUCUCCGUCACUUAGUGACAGUAUUCCGUCUGUAGCAGACUCUCACUCCAGCCAUUUCUCAGAAUUUAGCGGAUCUGAUAUGGAGAGCAUGAAAACAUCUUGUAGCCAUGGUUCAAGUGAUUAUCAUAGUCGUUUCUCAGCAGUCAGUCCCCUUCCUGAGGUGGAGAAUGAUCGUUUGGAGACAUGCCCAUCACAGGGUGGUCUGGCAUCUGUUGCAAAUGGACCAAGUGCUGAAAUCUUGCAGCUGAAUCUCAUUGCAGAGGAGAAUGGUGCUGUAACUUCAGAGUCAAAUAAUGCCAAUGAGGAAACAGAAAAUGUAACCAAUAAUAAUCAGCAACAGACUAGUGCAAUUCAUUCAGAAAUUUAAUCUUUCACUGCUGCAGUUUGUAUCAUAAAUGGCACUAAUCAGUUCUGCUAACAGUUAUAUGCUGAUUAAUAUAAAAGAAAACUAAUAACUGAUUGAAACUGGUGCUUAUUAAUCAACAAGAUCAUGGAUUUUGAAGGUCAGAAAGUUCAGGUGUUAGGGUUAAGUGUUGUUACUGAUCUGCUCCCAGCUAACCAGUUCAACUUCUAAAGGUUGGGAGAAGAGUUGCAUCUAUCAGACAGUAACAUUGGCUGAGAAACAGUGGUCCGUUUUCCGGUCACGUGUGAAGCAUAUGUAGCUGAACUUGGAGAAAUCCCAAAAUGCAAGCAGAAAUUCAAAAAAUUGUUCUUGACUGUGGCUAUUCUAUGAUUGAAGAUUGACGGACCCAUUCUCCUUCACUGUUUCCUGGUGCCUUUUGGAAAAUACAUUUAAUACCUGCUUUAUUUGAGGAUAUGUUUAUACUUCUCAAAAAAAAUGCUUUGACCACAGUAUACCACAGAAGAAUGCUAACAAAAUGGAUGAAAAUUGUGAAUAAUGAAUAAAUGAUCUUACGAUAUAACCCUUUAUUAGCCUACCAAAGACAAUACUCAGGCUUUAGAAACUAUUUUGCAUAACUAUUUUAACUGGUUCCUUGUUCUGAAAAAGAAAGUAUUCAUAGCGGAUGAUUGCUGCUAGUGCAGUUUGUUACAGAUUGAAAGCACAGUGCAGAAUUUUGCACAUUGCUUUGAAGCAUUAAAGAGAGGUAAAGACCAUAGCCUUUUCCUCCUGGAUGGACCGAGACACUAAUAAAACUCAAAGGCAAUCUCGGCUAAAAGAUGCACUGUUGAAUUUCACUUAAAUGCAAAAUCAAUUUCUUAUAUGAAAGUAUGUUUUUGUGUAUUAUGCAGUGUGUAUUUGGUUUAUGUUGCCAUGUUGAUAAUUGAAAUUUUAUCCUUGAAGAAUAAAAAACAAGUUGCAAUCUUUUAAAAUUUUCUUUAAGCUUUAGAACACUAGUGCCAGUUACAAUACGUUGCAUAUGCUUAGUUUGGUAUUUAUACAUUUGUUUGCCAGCUGGUUUGCCUAACAGGGUUGACUGUAAGAAGCAUAUCUAAAAAUAAAUACAAUUAAAAUCCAAUGUUGAGUA